ACAGUUGCUUAGACACGCAAGCCAGAUAAAAGAAAAGCUACAACUUGUGGUCUGAUAGAAAGUUGCAAAAUUAGAGAGUGCUCAUUAUUUGCAAGUUCUCUCUACAAAACAUUCUGCAAUGGCUGCCUCUAUGCUGACUGUUAGCUCACUGCUUCCAUCUCAAAGCAUCUUUAAUGAGAUACAAAGUAUCCAUGAAACGGGAUUCUUCCAAGAGAUCCAAGCUAUUGGAGAAAUUGAGCCUGUGGCUGCAAGCAAGACUUCAUCAGCUACUACAGACUUCGACAAUGCUAUGAACGCACUUUUAGACAUCCCCUCAAAUAUUCUGAACGAUGCUGCCGCUUUGUUAGACAGUUUGUACGGAGGAGAAGAACUAAACAAAAAGGAACUAAAACGUACACCCGAUGUUGUCAAUGUCGUCACCGGCAAUACACCACCACUCUCGGCAGAAGUACAGGAAAAUAAUCCCUUCACAUUUUCGUCAAACUUCGUCACAACUUAUCCGAUUUUCGUUCCCAGACUCGGCGGAGCCCCCCUCCAAACUCCACCCCCAGUGUGUAUGAUAGAGACUGCCGACAUGCCUGAAGAACGGAUAGUCCCAGUAUCACCUUUGGCCAAAGUGAUGGCUCUCACUACAGCGGACCUUCCACGUAUGCCCCCGACUCCACCGAUCUCUCCUCACAGUUCGUGCCCAAGCUCGCCUGAGAGCUCAAGUGCCUCCACCCUCUCGUCUGUGAUAUCAACCUCCUCUGACUCUAUGACAGACUCACCGUCACCGGCUCCGGUACAAGCGCUAGAAAAUUUCAUACUGCCCAGUCAGCAGUUGGAAGUCCGAAGAAAACGCGCAAAUAAAGACACAGCGAAACGAAGCCACGAAUGUAACUAUACGGGCUGUAACAAGGUGUACACAAAGAGCUCACACCUCAAGGCACAUCAGAGGUCUCACACAGGAGAGAAACCGUAUGCCUGCUCGUGGGAUGGCUGCACAUGGAGGUUUGCUCGAUCUGAUGAACUAACCCGACACUUUAGGAAACACACAGGUGCUAGGCCCUUCAAGUGUCAGCAUUGCGAUCGGACGUUUGCACGCUCUGACCACCUCACACUUCAUCUGAAGAGACACACAAGUGGUAAAGCAUAGAAGGACUUCUAGAAGAGUUUACUCACUUAUACCCCCAUUAUAGCCCCCAUCAAAUUGAACUGCCCACCAAAUUUCUACCAAAUUUCUACCAACUCUUUUGUAUGUCACUUUGUUGUCAUGAUUUGUAAUUUCUUUUCUUAAGUCACAAGUCAUCUAAAGUGGAACGCUAAUCUUCUGUUCAUUGAUCGUCUCAAUAUUGUUAAUAUUUCAAACUGUACCAGUAUUGAUAUUGAAAUGUUGGGACAUUCUUUUGUGUUUUUGUUACACUUUAUACUUUGUACUUCACAACCUUCUUAUCAUGAAUUUCUAUUCUUCAAGAUCAAUCUGUGAUAAUACUGAUGAAUUUUUUUUAACCAAAA